AUUGUUUGAGUUAUAAGGAUGGAAUGGAAGCCGUGGUAGAUUUCACAAAAAAGCGCACCAAAACAGUGCCGUGUUAUCCUCCCCUCUCCUCCGCCUGGAAGAUUUCAACUUUGUUUUAGGAUCGAGCAUCUGGAUUGAUCUUAAAUACAUUUAUGAGGGAUCAAGAGGCGGAAGAUUUGAAGUUGGCCAUGAGACUGAGCACGCAGCAGCACGAACCGCCGGAACCAAAGAGGAGUAAGCCCGGGGACUGUUCCGCCGUCGGAGGGGCUCCGCAGCAGCCGGAGGAGUCUCCCGAGGUUAUGAAUCGUCGCCGACAGCGUGAAAUAAUGGCUGCCGCUGCGGAACGGAGGAUGGAAGCAUCUAAAAUCGCUUCUGCGGCCGCCGUUAAUGUUUCAGAUAGUGCUAUAGAUGUCAAAACUCCCGAGAGGCGGACGGUAGAGGCCGAAAGUACGGCCACAACUGCAGUGGAAAAUGUGGAGAACUUGAAGGGUGUACAGAUUAGGGGUUUGGAAGGCGAUAGUAAAGGUAAAGGUAUUGUCGAUCAUGAGGUCAGGAGUGGGCUUUCCGGAAGUAAACUGUCGAUCCUUGAGGCUAAUAAGCUUUUCUGGUUGAUUUUUGGCAACAAUGUUACCAAGGAUGUGCUUGCACAGUGGUGCAAUCAAGGUAUCAGGUUUAGUGCUGAUCCCGACACAUCUAUGGGGCUUGUACAGCAUGAGGGUGGACCUUGUGGUGUGCUAGCAGCACUUCAAGCUUUUGUACUCAAGUAUCUUCUCUUUGUCCCGAAAGAGUUGGAGAAUACCGGAACAGUUCCCAUACCUAAGAAUGAAUCUGUUUCUUCAGAUACUUUCCCCCUUUUUUCUGAAGGGAAAAGAUCUAGGGCCCUGGUGAGGAGCAUGAGUGAGAUACUCCUUUCAUGUGGACGCAAGAAAAGAGCGGUUAUAGCAUAUCUCAAUAUUCAUGACAGCGAUAAUUUCAAGUCUAUGGAUGCCUCUGAAGAUGAGGUCAUUGCUAAAGCACUAAAUGGUCUUUCUGUGGAUACUGGGUCAGGAUUGCAGACGAUUCUGAGAGUUGAGACCUGCACCUCACAGUCAACUACACUUGAGAAGCUUGAAGCUUUACUUCCUUUUUUCAGAAGCCGCAUGGGUGUAUUGCUUUUCUUAAUAUCCGCCUUGUUGUCAAGAGGACUGGACUAUGUACAAGUGGAUAGAGAUGAUCCAAGCCAACCAUUAGUAACUGCUCCAUUUGGCCACGCAUCACAGGAAAUUGUCAACCUAUUACUCUCUGGGAGUGCCGUUGCAAAUGUGUUUGACGGGAAAAUGGACUUGGGUGGUGGCAUGUUUGUAAAGGGCAUCUCAACAGCUGUACAAGUCGGAUUCCUCACACUUGUCGAGGCCCUCAAUCUGUGUAAGGUUGGCGAGUUCCUCAAAUGCCCAAGAUGGCCAAUAUGGGUGGUUGGAAGCGAGUCACAUUACACUGUUUUAUUCGCGCUCGACACCAAUGUCCAAGAGGAUAGCGAACUUGAAAACAGAGAACUGCAGAUCAGGCGAGCAUUUGAUGCCCAAGAUCAAAGUGGCGGUGGCGGUUUCGUCAGUGUUGAAGGCUUCAAUCAAGUUGUGAAGGAAAUGAACAUUAAACUUCCACAGGAGAAGGUUAAUUUCCUUAGCAGCACGGGUGUUAUAGUGUGGAGUGAAUUCUUGCAGGCCCUUGUGGAUUUAGACACGAGCUUAGGAGGCAUUAAGCAUUUGGCUGGAGUAAAUGGGAGAAAGGUCUUUGAUCUCUACCAUUUCAACGGGAUUGCAAAGCCAUCCGGAAACGAGAAUCCGAUGCAAAGGCCUAGGUUAACAAAGCUGACUGUUUCGGCCCCACCAAGGUGGACACCGGAGGAAUUCAUGGCCGAUAAACCAGAGAACUUGGGAGAACCUACUCCAAGUCAAUAUGGGCCUCUGGUAGAUUGCGUUAGAACACGCUGGCCUCGCUCGGUUUGCAACUGGGAAGGCGAUGCACCUAGCAUCGUCUAAACUUGUGCUGCUUGCUCUGAUUCUGCAGGUGUUGGGUUUUGAGGGAAGACAUGAGCCUUCUUCUUCUUCUUCUUCUCGGGAUGGUAAGUAAGAAAGAAAGAGGUGAAUUUGUACUGAUCAUGUGGAUAUUAUACUAGUGUUUCUUCAUAUGUGAAUGCCCAAAGAUUAUAUACCAAUUUUCGUGAUGGAUGGUGCUGUUCUUUCUGUUCUAUUAUUUUGUUUAUACAUUAGUAUUUUUUGUAAUUAAUUAUUUUGUAAAUUCCAAACUGUCCCAUCCUUCCUUCCUUAGAAGCAUCUGGAGUGGAGAUCCUUGGAGCUUCCAAGAUUCAGUUAAAAAUGGCGGGGUGGGGCCAGGAUGGUUGAUUGUAGUCUUGUUACCGUGUUCAUUUAUUGAAUACUCAUAUCUAUGUUUAUUUUGAUGCUAUAAAAAAGUAUGUAUAUAUAACAAUAUGUUUGUUCGGGGGUUUGGAUUUAAAUAGUAAAAAUUUUGAAUUUGAA